CCCGGGCAGAUCCCGAGCUGCUGCUAGAAGAGUCAGUUCCUCAGUCGGAGAGCUCUCACUUCUCUCCGCCGCCGCUGCGCCCCGAGCCCCGGACCGCGAGCCCGCACGACAUGAGCCAGGCCUGCUGGACCGGGAAGAGAACAGACAUGCUCCCGGAGAUCGCCGCUGCCGUGGGCUUCCUCUCCAGCCUCCUGAGGACCCGGGGCUGCGUGAGCGAGCAGAGGCUUAAGGUUUUCAGCGGGGCUCUCCAGGAGGCACUAACAGAGCACUACAAACAUCACUGGUUUCCUGAAAAGCCCUCCAAGGGCUCCGGCUACCGCUGCAUCCGUAUCAACCACAAGAUGGACCCCAUCAUCAGCAAGGUGGCCAGUCAGAUCGGACUCAGCCAGCCACAGCUGCGCCGGCUGCUGCCCAGCGAGCUGACCCUGUGGGUGGACCCUUACGAGGUGUCCUAUCGCAUUGGGGAGGAUGGCUCCAUCUGCGUCCUGUACGAGGAGGCCCCAGUGGCCGCCUCCUAUGGGCUCCUCACCUGCAAGAACCAAAUGAUGCUGGGCCGGAGCAGCCCCUCGAAGAACUACGUGAUGGCGGUCUCCAGUUAGGUCGCUGCCGCCCCCACCCGGCUUGCUACUGUACUCGAUCUGCCGUGACAACAGGCGACCGCAUACCUCAACCUGGGGAACCGUAUUUUAAAUGAAGAGCUAUUUAUAUAUAUAUAUAUUAUAUAUAUUAUUUUUUUUAAGAAAAAAAGAGAAAAAAACAAAAGAUUUUUUUUAAGAAAAGUCCUUAAAGGGAGCUGCUUGCACGUGGCCUCCCCAGGUGCCUUUGCAGAGGACUGUUGUACACUUGAAUCUGGGAACCGGUGGUCUGCCUUGGGAGGGGGAGUGGUCAGUGAGGGAGCCUGGCCAAGGUGAGGCAGGAGAAGCUUGGCUAGCACCCCAGGAAGGUAUGAGAGGGAGCAAGCAAGGUUAGCAACUGUGAAUGGGACAGGUCAGGAUCUGCCCUGGGGGAGGAGAGAGGCUGAGUGCCGACCUCUGACCCUCUUGCCCAGGGUACCUACAUCCCUGGCCCCUCUCUUACUCAGGGGCAUUCAAGCCUGGACUUAAAUCAUACUCUGGUGCCUAAUCUCUUCUUUUUCUGAUGAGAUCCUGGACAGAGGUGAAAAGGCCUUUCCUGAAUCUAAGCAGCUUUUUCUUGAAAUCAUGACUUAUUUCUAAUUCUAUCCUCAGGGGCCUGUAGGUGUUGCUUCCCAGCCAGGAACCUAUGCUUUUUGUUUUGUGGGGUUCAGGGCGUAAGGUAGGGGUUGGAAAUUAUUGGGAUGGAAGGGUACUGUGCACAAAACCUUUGCUUAUGUGCUGCUCUGUGUGUGUGUGUAAUAACUUGGCAGUUUGCAGUGGAAUUUUAGGACCCAGAGAGUGUCCACUGAGGAUUUUUUUUGGCCCAAAUCCUUCUUGUUUGGAACCACAUUAAAGUCCUGAUGCUGCUGCCAUUAUCUGUUCAAGAGGUAGCUCAAAAGCUGCAGGGAACUCCAGGUCCUUUAUUACACUGCCUGCCUAUUAAAAGCACAACACUCCUCUCUAGCUCUCCCUGCUCCUUUCCCCUUCUGGCUGGGUAAUGGAGCUAUCCUAUUUCCUAGGACAAGAGUUCUCAGUCACUGUGCAAUAGAGCCUCCUGAGUCCCAGGAAGGUCUGGAGGAGAAGUGGCUCACAGAACCUGGUGCCCUGGUGGGCUUAGAGCGCUAUCCCUUCUGUCCUUGGGACUGUGGCUGGCUGGUCAGCUAGCAUGUUUCUUUGGCCGAGUGGGAGAAUGCCCCACGUUCUGCAGGACUACUUGGUAUUCUUGUGGGGCUGACACUAAACGCUGGACCAUGGGCAUUAUUUUUUCUCCCUGGUGCUCAGAGCACCCAUGGGAGAGGUUGCUAUCUCAGUACAAUCCAAAUUUGUCUAUAGACUUGUGCAAUGUUUACUGUUCUGGGUUAGAGAAAAAUGGGAAAUUACUCUGGGAAGAAAUCCUCUUCCUUUGGUUUCUCAGUGACAUCAGUAAGGGGUCCGCAGAAGGCCUGGAGUUUCCCAAACCUGAGUCACCUUAAGAAGGGCAUAGCUGGAGCAUCUGGUCAACCUGGCUAGCCUCCUGCUGUUGCCUCUUGGUGAGAAACCUCUCCCUCUACCCCGACGUCCCCCUCCCUAGAUUUCUGAAGGACUCAGUUCUGACUCAAAGGUGCUAUUUACCAAACUCCCUACCCAUCCCUGCCAGUUCUGCCUCCUUUCGGCCCUCUAGAUUCCGAGCUGCCUUCCCAAACCCUGCUUGCAGUCUUGAUUGCUCUUAGUUUAACUUGGGGCCCACGGACCUAAGAGCUCAUUUUCUGGCCUGUGGGUUGAACCAAAGCUGUGAAUCACUGCAGAUUGUAUUGUUGCAUUUUGUCUGGAAACAGGCCCCUGCCUUUUUAGAAGCAGCCUCAUGGUCUCUUGCUUAGUCUUUUCUCUCUUUUUGAUGUUCACUUGAAAAACAAUAAAAUGCCCAGAGCUGGACUGUUGAGCAGGCCUGUUUCUCCUAUUAAGUAAAAAUAAUAAUAGUACAUUUGUAAGCUAUUCUGACAGAAAAGACAAAGGUUACUAAUUGUAUAAUAGUGUUUUUAUAUGGAAGAAUGUACAGCUUUAUGGACAAAUGUACACUUUGUUACUUUAAUAAAAAUGUAGCAAAUGAA